AACCUGCCCGACCCAGUCGUCCUUUCUCUUCCCACCGUAGUAGUCCUUAGUUCCCUACUCCGGGAUGCUUUAUUGCCCGGCACUGCCGUAAAGCAUAUCUGGCCCCAGCCCCCGAGUCCUAUUCCCCCAGGGCGUCCGUACACCGCGGUUGCCACGGUGCCGCCAAGCGCGGCUGUCGCGCGGCCCCGGUGUCAGCGGCGAUGGCGGCGGGGUCGGGUGGGAAUGGGGGCUCCGGGGGAGGCCCCGGGCCGGGGCCGGGUGGGGGUGGUGGCCCCGGCGGGAGCGGCCCAGGGCCGGGGUCCGGCGGGGGUCUGGGCAGCGGCGGGGAGCUGCACCCGCGCACCGGGCGCUUGGUGAGCUUGUCGGCCUGUGGGCGUACAGCGCGGCGGCAGCAGCCAGGCCAGGAGUUUAACCACGGGCUGGUGUUGAGUCGGGAACCCUUGCGCGAUGGACGCGUCUUCACCGUCCGCAUCGAUCGCAAGGUCAACUCCUGGAGUGGCUCCAUUGAGAUUGGGGUGACGGCACUGGAUCCCAGUGUGCUGGAUUUCCCAAGCAGCGCCACAGGGCUGAAGGGGGGCUCGUGGGUAGUGUCGGGCUGCUCGGUGCUGAGGGAUGGACGGUCUGUGCUGGAGGAGUAUGGGCAGGACCUCGACCAGCUUGGCGAAGGGGACCGUGUGGGCGUGGAGCGCACGGCUGCCGGGGAGCUGCGGCUCUGGGUGAACGGGCGGGAUUGCGGCGUGGCUGCCACGGGCCUUCCAGCUCGUGUCUGGGCCGUCGUGGACCUUUACGGCAAGUGCACCCAGAUCACUGUGCUCCCCCCUGAGCCGGGCUUCAGCCCCCCUACUCCCAGCCCCACGCCUCCCCUUGAGCCCUCUGCCCCCCCUGAAGAUUCUGCCUUGGCUGAACAGGGGACCUCUGGGGAUGAAGGGGCUGAACCCUUAUUCCCCUCCCAUUCCACCUGGUCCCCAGCCUUCAUGGUAUCCCCAGCGCAGGCCCGACCGGAGACGUUUCCUAACAGCCUUGAGUCGCAUAAUGACUUUGCCAGCAUGGAGCUCUCCGAGGUGGUGAGCAAUGCCAUCCUGUCUGCGUACAACGGGGGGCUCCUAAAUGUGAACCUGAGCUCCCCCCCAGCAGGGGAAGCACCGGGGCCUAGCGGUGCUGCCACCUCGCCCAUUGUCACCUCCAACGAUGCUCUCCUUUUCCAUGAGAAGUGUGGAACCCUCAUCAAGCUCAGCAACAAUAAUAAGACUGCUGAGCGCCGCCGGCCCCUGGAUGAAUUCAACAACGGGGUUGUCAUGACCAACCGCCCGCUCCGGGACAACGAGAUGUUUGAGAUCCGCAUCGAUAAGCUCGUAGAUAAGUGGUCAGGCUCCAUUGAGAUUGGUGUCACCACCCACAACCCCAACAAUCUGGAGUACCCAGCCACCAUGACCAACCUGCAGUCAGGCACCAUCAUGAUGAGCGGCUGUGGGAUCCUGACCAAUGGCAAGGGCACCCGCCGGGAGUACUGUGAAUUCAGCCUGGAUGAGCUACAGGAGGGUGACCACAUUGGUCUCACAAGGAAGUCCAACUCUGCCCUGCACUUCUUCAUUAAUGGCAUUGAUCAGGGUGUGGCAACCCCCUUGACACCGCCAGUGGUGUAUGGUGUGGUGGACUUGUAUGGGAUGGCCGUGAAGGUGACCAUCGUCCACAAUAACAACCACAGUGACCGCCUUCGCCGGAACAAUGCCAUCCUGCGGGCUCUGUCCCCUGAGGGUGCUCUCCGCCGGGCUGCUCCUACAACCCAGGCAGAACCUGAGCGCCUGCUCUUCCACCCCAACUGUGGGCAGAAGGCAGCCAUCACCCACGAGGGACGCACUGCCCUGAGGCCCCAUGCCACCGACGACUUCAAUCACGGCGUGGUGCUGAGCAGCAGAGCCCUGCGGGACGGAGAGGUGUUCCAGGUGCGCAUCGACAAGAUGGUGGACAAGUGGGCUGGCUCCAUCGAGAUUGGCGUCACCACCCACAACCCUGCCUACCUCCAGUUGCCCUCCACCAUGACCAACUUGCGCUCUGGGACUUGGAUGAUGACAGGGAAUGGGGUGAUGCACAAUGGGACGACCAUCUUGGACGAAUACGGGCACAACCUGGACCGACUCAAGCCCCGCUUCUUCCAAGGCAGGGGACACGGUGGGCGUGGUGCGGCGGGAGGAUGGGACUCUCCACUUCUUCGUCAAUGGCAUGACUCAGGGUCCCGCUGCCUGGAAUGUGCCCCCAGGAGUCUAUGCCGUCGUGGAUCUCUAUGGUCAGGCGGCCCAGGCCACCAUUGUGGACGACAGGUGCCCCAAGUCCCUGAACCACUCCCUGAGGGGAACAACCAGGUGUCCCCAAGCUCCCCAUCGUCUGGGGCUGGGGGCUCGGACCUCCGCUUCCACCAGCUGCACGGCAGCAAUGCCGUCAUCACCAACGGGGGCCGUACUGCGCUCCGCCACAAUUGCCGCAGCGAGUUCAAUGACGCCAUCGUCAUCUCCAACCGAGCCCUGAGAGAUGGCGAGCUGUUUGAAAUCGUCAUUCAGAAGAUGGUGGACCGCUGGUCAGGCUCCAUUGAAGCUGGAGUGACCGCUAUUCGGCCGGAAGACCUUGAAUUCCCCAACACUAUGACAGACAUUGACUAUGACACAUGGAUGCUGAGCGGCACAGCUAUCAUGCAAGAUGGGAACACCAUGCGCAACAACUACGGGUGUGAUCUUGACGCGCUGGGCACUGGCGCCCGCAUCGGUAUGAUGCGCACGGCCAAGGGCGACCUGCACUACUUCAUCAACGGCCAGGACCAAGGCGCUGCGUGCUCAGGCUUGCCUCCCGGUAAAGAGGUGUAUGCAGUAGUGGAUCUGUACGGCCAGUGCGUCCAAGUGUCUAUCACCAAUGCCACCGGCCCCAUGGACAACAGCCUGGCGACCAGCAACACCGCCACUGAGAAGUCAUUCCCCCUGCACUCCCCAGUGGCUGGCGUGGCCCACCGAUUCCACAGCACCUGCGGCAAGAACAUUGCUCUGGAAGAAGAUGGCACUAGGGCGGUGCGAGCAGCCGGCUACGCCCAUGGCCUCGUCUUCAGCACCAAGGAGCUCAGGACUGAGGAAAUCUUCGAGGUAAAGGUGGAGGAGCUGGAUGAGAAGUGGGCCGGCUCCCUCCGCUUAGGGCUGACCACGCUAGCGCCUGGGGACAUGGGGCCCGGUGCGGGCGGGGGCCCGGGACUGCCUCCCUCCCUGCCAGAGCUCCGGACGAAGACCACCUGGAUGGUGUCCAGCUGUGAAGUGAGGCGCGACGGGCAACUCCAGAGGAUGAACUAUGGCCGGAACCUGGAGAGGCUGGGGGUGGGAAGCCGUGUGGGCAUUCGCCGAGGGGCAGACGACACAAUGCACGUCCUGGUAGACGGAGAGGACAUGGGUCCUGCAGCCACCGGCAUCGCCAAGAGUGUGUGGGCUGUGUUGGAUCUAUAUGGGCCAGUGCGGAGUGUCUCUAUUGUCAGCUCCACCCGUCUGGAUGAGCCAGAAGGCACUCAGCCUCCUUCCCCCAGCUCGGACACCGGCAGCGAGGGCGAGGAGGACGACGAAGGCGAGGAGCAUGGCCUGGAAGGCCAGAACCAAGUGGCCAUUAUGCCCACAGCCCUCGAGUUCCUGGAGAACCAUGGGAAGAAUAUUCUCUUGUCCAAUGGGAACCGUACGGCUACGCGAGUGGCCAGCUACAACCAGGGUAUCGUUGUCGUCAACCAGCCCCUGGUGCCCCAGCUGCUGGUCCAGGUGCGGAUAGACUUCCUGAACCGGCAGUGGACAUCUUCCCUUGUCCUGGGAGUCAUCACCUGCCCACCGGAGAGGCUCAACUUCCCUGCUUCCGCCUGUGCCCUCAAACGGGCAGCCUGGCUGCUGCGGGGCCGAGGGGUCUUCCACAAUGGCCUUAAGAUCUGUGAGAAAUUUGGGCCGAAUCUGGACACAUGUCCAGAAGGCACCAUCCUGGGACUGCGGCUGGACAGCUCUGGGGGGCUGCACCUCCAUAUCAAUGGAAUGGAUCAGGGGGUGGCUGUGCCGGAUGUCCCCCAGCCCUGCCACGCGCUUGUGGACCUCUAUGGGCAGUGUGAGCAGGUGACAAUCGUGAGCCCUGAACCAGGGGCUGCCAGUGGGAAAAGUGCUGGAACCCAAGGGGACAUGGAGAAAGCUGACAUGGUGGAUGGUAUCAAGGAGAGUGUGUGCUGGGGCCCACCGCCCACCACUAGCCCCCUCAAAAGCUGCGAGUACCACGCCCUUUGCUCCCGUUUCCAGGAACUGCUGCUGCUUCCUGAGGACUAUUUCAUGCCUCCGCCAAAGCGUAGCCUAUGCUACUGUGAGUCUUGCCGAAAACUUCGAGGGGACGAGGCCCACAGGCGCCGUGGGGAGCCCCCCCGUGAAUACGCUCUGCCCUUUGGCUGGUGCAGGUUCAACCUCAGGGUGAACCCCCGCCUGGAGGCUGGGACGCUAACCAAGAAGUGGCACAUGGCCUACCAUGGGAGCAAUGUAGCGGCUGUCCGGAGGGUGCUGGACCGAGGGGAGCUGGGGGCAGGCACUGCUUCCAUCCUGAGCUGCCGGCCCUUGAAGGGAGAGCCUGGGACAGGGUUUGAGGAGCCUGGAGAGAACUGUGCACCCCCCCGGGAGGAGCAGCCCCCUCCAGUGCUGCUUUCCCCCUCCCUCCAAUAUGCUGGGGCUGAGACCCUGGCAUCCAAAGUGCAAUUCCGGGACCCCAAAUCCCAGCGGACGCACCAGGCCCAGGUGGCGUUCCAAGUGUGUGUGCGCCCUGGCUCCUACACCCCGGGACCCCCUUCCGCGGCCCUCAGAGAGCCUCCCGACCCUCACUUCAGCCCAGCCGAACUUGAGUGGGUGACCAAGGAGAAGGGGGCCACGCUCCUCUAUGCCCUGCUGGUACGGGUGGAGUGAGGGGCGAGGCCGCACCACUACAAGCACAGUUGGGCCUCGGCCCCUGGACUCGGAAUGAUGACUGCCUCCAGGUCAUUCCAGCGCCCCGCGACAUGCACGGUGCUCAGCCUGGCAGAUGCACAGAAGCGUGUGGGCAGGCUCUCAGACUAGCUGGGAAGCGGAGCUUGGCUCUGUGCCCCGGCGGAAGGGGACGUCCCUCCCUCCGAGGUGAGGGUGUAGCGGCGAGCCCGGCCGCAGACCCCGGGAAACCCUGUCCAUGCACUGAUCUGGGGAGCCUGACUCCCCGCGACUCCUCCCCCAUACACUUAAUUUAUUUCCGUUUCUGUUCCCUGGUUACUGUGAAUCCCAGAGGCGUCUCCUCGUGCCCCAGCGAAGCUGCUUUUCCGGCCCGGGCAGGAGUGGGGAAGGCGGGGGCCGGGGCUCGGGCCUCUGUACAGUUGUUACUGACUCUGAUUUCUAAGGAGCCAAUAAACGCAAUCUAAGAGCA